AUGGCAGUGAGUCUCAGGAAUGGAAGAUAUUUAGACAGGGAGCAAGAAGUUGAUCAAUAUAAGAGAGAGACAAUGCAAACUACUCCAGUUACAUUAGAGAAAGAUGAGUCAGCAGAGCUCACCGAGGUUGUAAUUGAACAGGCACAGGUUGACAAGGGUAAGGAGAAGGAAGGUGAACAACUCCCAGAACAGGUGGUAGAAAAAGCUUCCAGCAAAGAAAAGACACAAGGCAGUGGGCAGAGGAAAUUCAUGGAAAUGCUUAGACAUAUUCAAUUGAAUAUUCCACUGAUGGAUGCUUUGAGGAAAAUGCUAGGGUAUGCAAAAAUAAUGAAGGACCUGAUGUCGCGAAAAUUUGACUUCCAGCACCUGUCCACUGUAACUCUGACAGAGACCUGCAACGCAGUAGUUACAAGGCCUAUGGCUCAAAAGGUGUCUAAUCUAGGUAGUUUCACUAUCCCAUGCACCAUUAGGAGUUAUGCUUUUGCUAAAGCAUUGUGCGACUUGGGAGCCAGUAUAAACUUGAUGCCCUUGGCAAUCUAUAUAAAACUCAUUGGCAAAGCUAGACCGACCUCAAUGUUACUGCAACUAGCUGAUCGCACAGCCAAAAGACUGACAGGAAUUCUUGAUGAUGUGCUUAUUCAAGUGGGGAAAUUUGUAUUCCCUGCAGAUUUUGUCAUUCUUGACUGUCAAGUGGAUGAAGAGAUACCAAUCAUUAUAGGAAGGCCGUUUUUAGCCACUGGGGGAGCAUUGAUUGAUUGUGAGACUGGAGAAUUGAAAAUGAGUUUGAACAAUGAAGAAUAA